AUGCAUCUCCAACCCUUUAUUCUCGCCUCAGUUAUUACAGCUGUCUCUGCGGCUGAACUUAAGGUCAACUAUUAUUCCGAUGGCGGUUGUACCAAUUACCUGACCUCGAUUUGGCCCGGCGACGUCGGCCGCUGCUACGACUACGACUACACUAAUACGAAUAGCGCCAACAUCGCCAACUGCAACGGUUACCAGCUCUGUACCUGUAGCUUUUACUCCGAGAAGGGAUGUAAAGGCAAAGAAGAAUAUCGUAUAGGUUCAAGCUGUGCUUCCAACUGGGGCACAGGAUGGGCGUCCAUGAAGUGUAGCGGGAUUUGGUGA